GUGAGAGAUUGUAAUUUGACAACAAGCUGUAUUUAUACCCCCUGUGAUCCCAGUUUGAAGGCUAGAAGUGCUGGCUGGUACAGAGCAAGGGAUCAAUCUGCAUCAGGGUGUAAAUCUGCAUAAUUUCCACCAUGAAGAUAUUGACUCUAGCGUUUCUAUUCUUGGCCUUGAUGGCUCUGAGCCAAGCUGCCGGUUCUCCAGUUGCUGUGGCUGAAAGUGAGACUAAAGAAAUUCCUGCAGAAGGUUCUCCCGAUGAAAACGACGAAGCUGAGAACGAGGAAACCGUUUCAGAAGUAAACUCUGACCUGGUCAAGAGGUCUGGAUGUUGUCCCGAUGGCUGGCAUAAGCACAAACGCCGCUGCUUCCGCUUCAUCCCAAAAACCAUGAAAUGGACUGAAGCUGAGAAAAACUGUGUGUCCUUGGGGGCGAACCUUGCGUCUAUCCACAACAUUGACGAGUACGAGUUUGUCCAAAAGUUGAUAAAGGGUAAAGAAGCAUGGAUCGGAGGCGCUGAUGCGGAGGAGCCUGGUACUUGGUUGUGGAGUGAUGGAAGUGCUUUCCACUACACCAACUGGUGCAAGGGAGAGCCCAAUAACGGACUCUCCCAGUACUGUUUGCAGAUGAACUAUAGCAAUGCCAAGUGCUGGGAUAAUUUGGGUUGUCAAAAACACCGUCCUUUCGUCUGUGCCAUGAAAGUCUGAGGGAUGACGUCAGCGCCACAACCAACGGAGGAUGUGCGUCCAUGUUUUUUUUUUCAACUUCAUCUUAUGAGCCCUAACCCUCUGAGAUAACCCAAAGGCUCUUUCUACCUUUUCAAAGCUUUGCUCAUUACUCUCUCUGCAACGCUAACCAAAGGAAUAGAGCGACAACUAAGAAACAGCAGCUGGAUUUCCUCUCUUUAAAAAUAAACCUUUGAAGCAUCAAAA